UUACAGAAUAGACCAGUCCAUUACUACAAACAUGUUCAUCAGAUUUAUUUCGUGAUUGAGAAUGACUCCAUGUAACCACUCUAGGUCUCCACUUUCUUAGAUGCCUAUCUGGCUCAGAUCAUCUUUAUCUCUAGUACCGCAGCGCUGGGUCGUGUGUGCCCUUUGUAGUUUGGCCUUUGCGAUCAUCAGCUACAAAAACACUUGUUACAACGCCAUAUCCAACGUCGUGGAUUCCUUCACACAAGAGAGCCUACCCCCGCCGGAGGAAUACACCUGUCCGUUUAAGUAUCUCGACAAUCACAGUUGGAAGCGGACGUUGCCGUUCUACCUGCCAGACAUUUACUGGAACCCUUGGGUACUCGUGGUGGCACACUCCGCCUUCCAGACCGGCAAGCUGUUGUUUAUGGUCCCUGCUGGGGUGUUGUCCGACAUAGGGUACUCCAAGUACGUGCUAGGCGGAGGAAUGACAUUAUUGACGUUCAAAUAUCUGCUUCACCCCACCAUGGUCAACUACGGAAUCACCAUCUUCGCCGUCGUGAACUUCCUAGAAGGAGUAGGAGAAGCGACGAUCUACCCGAGUACCAUCAGCCUCAUCAGUUGCUGGACCUCGCCCUACGAACGGAACGUCUUCGUCGCUGUCGUGGUAGCUGGCACGUACUACGGCAAGGCUCUGGGACACGCGUUCUUCCACUUAAUCUACGUAGGCAGCAGCUCGUGGAGUGUCGGCGAAUACGCUACAGGUGUGGUCGGGCUUGUUUGGCUAGUGUUGUGUGCUAUAUUUAUACACAGGUCUCCCAAAGACAGUCCUUUCAUAUCUCGCCACGAGAUACGUAGACUUACCAUCACUCAGAAAAGCUCUAUAGUGUCAAGACUUCACAAACUUCACGGAAUCCCUUGGCGCAAGAUUGUAACCUCCCCACCUUUUCUCAGUCUCGUUUUAGCGUUUUCUUCCGUAGAUUGGGCAACUACUUUGAAUGUAAUGGCAAACUUCGGGGAUUACCAAAUGGUUGUAUUGAAUCUUCCCGAAAGUUUCAGCAAAGGCUCUACCGUGACGAUGGUCGCUAUCCUCCCCUCUCUGUUGAUGAGUGGGUUUCUCACUGACUACAUCAUCAAACAUGAUUUGAUGUCGAAGACAGUGGUUAAGCGAACGUUUACUUUCGUGGGUGUGUUUGUCUCCUCACUACUGCUGGUGGCGGCGUGCUGCUUGGCUGGUUGUGAUGUCAUGAUGUUCUGGUUGUUGUCUAUAGCUGGUGUCUACGUGAUUGGUCUUGCAGUCCCUGUCGUGUAUUCCGCCGCCAUUGACCUCAGUCCGCGACAUGCCGGGCUCCUCAUGGGUAUGAUGUACAGCGUCAGAACGAUCUUCUCUCUCUUCAACUACAGAAUCGACCAAAUACUUAUAGAUGAUGAGUUCGACGUCGUCCAGUGGCGGGUCCGGUCCGUGGUGGUGGCGAUAUUCACUGUCGCGUUGAUAUUCCCGUUCCUAUUUUUCGGAUCCUCGGAGAUGCAAAUAUGGACAAGACAAAGCCAUGUGGCGCUUCAAUUGAAUCCGGUGGAAAUGGAUAGUGUAACCAACGAACCGACAGACCAACAAGCUACCACUAGUAAUUAAUAAACCACCUUACUUUACACCUUGAAAUGUUAAAGAAAUGUUGGAAAAUACAUGAGAAAUGAUGACACUAUUCUUAGGUUAAAA